CUGGCUCGAGCGUUAACUAGUUAAACUUUUUCUCUCUCUUCAAACUCCAAAUCUUCGCUCUGCAUCUCUUUCCUCCGCCUCUCAAAACCCGAACAACAAAAGCAGCAUCUUGUAGUUGUAGCUCUAGUCGGCGGCGCCUCUGCCAACCACCUCUUCUUCUCCGCUGCUGGUAUUCUUGGUAAUUAUCUACGAGUAUUUUGUAUCGAUUCUAAAAUACAUGUAUUCCUCCAGAGGAAGUGAUUCAUAUGGGCAGCAGUCCUACUCUGCACAGUCAUCAUAUGGACAAAAUUCUUCAUCUGCAUAUCCUGGGAACUCUGCUGGGGUACCAGCUAGUAGUUCUCAUUUGACAAUGGGGUCUCGACAUCAAUCAAUUUUAGGUGGUCCGCAUGAAUCAGAAAUUGGAGGAUUUAGAGCUCAUCCUGCAGCAGCACAGUAUGGAGGACAAUAUGGUUCUUUGUACGGCCAAUCUUCACUGAGUGCUAGUCAGCAGGGUACUUCUAUAAGUGUUAAGGGAUCUGGGCCAUCUACUAUGGAAGGGCGUGCUAGUUAUGGUUCGGGGAGAGCAGAUUCCCCGAAGUACGCCUCUAAGGACUAUGUGCCUACUUCUAGCCAUGGGUAUGGCCACAAAUCUGAGCUCUUAAUCCCUGAUAAGAUGGCCGAAUAUGCAUCACUUGAGAGAAGGCAAUUUGCUGAAAGGCAGGGGGCUUAUGUGGGAAGGGAUUUGCCAGUUGAUGCUGGUGGAAGAUAUGCUGAUUCUGUUGGUUAUACUCAUAAGUCUGAGAUGUAUGAUCGUUUGGAUGAAGCUUCAAUUCUUCGACAAGAACAGAUGUUGAAAUCUCAGUCAUUGCAAUCUGCUUCUCAUGAGGCUUCCAGACAAGCUGAUUAUCUUGCUGUAAGAAGUGGUAUAUUUCGACAUCCAGCCCAAGAACUUGUGUCUUAUGGAGGAAGACUUGAGGCUGAUCCUCGUGUAUCAGCUGUUGGGAAUUCCUCAUAUGGCGGACAACCUGCUCCUUCAAUCUUGGGAGCAGCUCCUCAGAGGAAUGUAGAUGAUCAGGUGUAUGCUCAAACUUCUUCAAAUCCUGGUUAUGGAGUGAGCCUGCCUCCGGGUAGGGACUAUGGCAUGGGGAAAGGGCUUCAUGGAACUGCUCUCGAGUCUGACUUUCCUGGAAGUCUUUCAUCACGUAGUGGACUUUCAAGACUUGAUGAUAUAAAAGAUGAUAGAUAUUCUCGUGGACUUGAUCUAAGGGAAGAUGAGCGUCGAAGGGAGCAACUGCGUGAUAGAGAAAGGGAAAGAGAUAGGGAUCGAGAACGGGAACGCGAACGUGAUCGAGAAAAGGAGCGUGAAAGAAAGCGCCUAUUAGAGCUCCGGGAAAAAGAGCGUGAACGUGAACGUGAUCGUGAUCGUGAGCGCAAACGAGCACUUGAAAGUAGGCGUGAUCGUACUCCACCAAGAUCAUCCAAGGAUCGGCGUGGUUCCUCAUUGACGAAGGAUGGCAAACCCUUAAGACGGGACUCUCCUCGCCGUGAAGCUCUUCAUAGGAUUCAUUCGCCGGUUAGAGAAAAAAGGAGGGAAUAUGCUUGCAAGGUUUACACUUCUUCAUUGGUAGACGUGGAGAGGGAUUAUCUGUCAGUAGAUAAGCGUUACCCAAGGCUUUAUAUAUCACCAGAAUUUUCAAAGGUGGUGGUUAAUUGGCCAAGGGUGAAUUUGAAACUUCCCAUGCAUACUCCUGUCAGUUUUGAGCAUGAUUUUGUCGAGGAUGCAAGCGGUGCAGUUCAGAAAGAGCUCUCUACCAUGCAUUCAGAUACUGCAAAUCCAGAGCACAAGCGGACUGUGUGGAAAGCAAAGAUGAUUUUGAUGAGUGGGCUCAGCAGAAGUGCUACUGAGGACCUCUGCUCUGAAAAAAUUUCGGAUGAUCGCAUACCACACAUUUGCAAUUUACUUAGAUUUGCUGUUUUAAAAAAAGACCGUUCCUUAAUGGCAAUUGGAGGCCCUUGGGAUGCUGUUGAUGGUGGAGAUCCAUCACUUGAUGAUUCUUCAUUAAUUCAUACUGUUCUCAGAUAUGCAAAAGAUUUGAGCCAUCUUGAUCUGCAGAAUUGUCAGCAUUGGAAUCGUUUCCUUGAGAUACAUUAUGACAGAGUUGGCAGGGAUGGCUUGUUUAGUCAUAGAGAGGUUACUGUAAUUUUCGUUCCAGAUCUUUCAGAUUGUCUUCCUUCACUAAAUGCAUGGCGAGAGCAGUGGUUGGCGCACAAGAAAGCUGUUGCAGAGCGCGAGAAGAAACUCUCUUUAGGAAAAGAGAAAUCGAAGGACAAAAGAGAUCCUCCAAAAGCAGAAAGCAGCUCUCCACGGGAUGUUAAAAAAGCUGAGAAAAAGAAGGAAGUUUUGAACCCAGGACAGGCAGUCGAUGUUGAUAAAGAGAAGGAUGGAGAUCUGAAGGGGGCUAGUACGGCAGAAAAAGGUGUAGACACAAGUUUAAAAAAUGCCGAGAAGAAAGAAGUGGAUGAAUUGACUAACGAAGCCAACAAUAUAGAGAAAAAGAGUGCAGGGGCCAACACUAGUGCUCAAAAGAGUUUGAAACCUGCUAAGAAAAAAAUUGUGAGGAAAAUUGUCAAGCAGAAGGUUGCUGAUAAAAUCGUCACUGGUGAAAAUGGAGGUAAAGAUAGUAAUAAGUUGGAGGAUAAGGCUAUUGAGCCAAUGGGUGUAAACUCAGAAACUGCUGGUCAGCAAGAUGCAUCACCUGCAGAUGUCACUGGUGUCAAAACUUUUACCAGAAAGAAAGUAGCAAAGAAGUUGUCAGAAGCUGACGCUGUUGUGAAAGAAUUGGACAAAGAAUCUGGUUUGAAAAGUGAUAAGAAUCCAGACUCUACUGAAGAUAAACCGGAGGUGAAACCAGAUGCAACUGGUGUUACCGUGGUGCGGGAUGGUCCUGUAAAAAGAGUAGUGAAAAGGAAAAUCAUCAAGAGGGUACCAAAAAAGAAGGGCACUGGUGGAGUAGCCAAUAGUGAGAACAAGACUGUUAUUCAGAGUCUGGAUGAAAACAUGAAUAAUUCUGUAAAGUUAAGUGAUAAUGUAGGUGAUGCUAAGGUAGAUGAAGACAAGGCAAGUGUAGGUGGAAACUUAGUGAAAUGUGCUCCUACAACAACCCCUAUAGUAGAAGGUUCUCAGAAGCACGAUGAUACGAUGUUAUCUAGUAAAGUUGAGAAGAGUACUGACAAAGUUAAAGGAAAGGAUAAAGAGAUUCUUGAUGAGAAUAGAGUUUCUGACACUAAAAACGCUCCUACGAAGGAUAUUCAAGCUGAUAGCAAGGGUACAUCAAAGGGAAAGGCCAAGGAGAAGGAGAGGAAGGAAAAGGAUAAAAAAGAUGAACCAAGAAGCAAAUCAAGCAAAGAUACGGAUCGAAAAAAAUCAGAGGAACCUCCUCGACAUCCUGGACUCAUUCUACAAACAAAAAGUGGCAGGGAAACCUAUAUGCGAUCAUUGUCACUUUCCCUGGACUCAUUGCUAGACUAUUCUGACAAUGAUGUGGAAGAAGAAACAUUUGAGCUCUCAGUAUUUGCGGAGUCUUUGUAUGAGAUGCUUCAAUAUCAAAUGAGUUCUCGUGUAUUAACAUUUCUACAGAAAUUGCGGAUUAAAUUUGUAACCAAACGGAAUAAUCGGAAAAGAGAAAGGGAGAGUGCUGAGAGAAAGAGAAAGGAGAAGGCAUCAGCAAAGCGUUUGAAAACUGAAGAUACUCCUACAGAAGAGAAGUCUAGUAAAUCCCAGUUGAAAGGUGAAAGUCAUUCUAGUGAUGAGAAGUUGAUGUCUGAGAAGGAUAGCAAUGUUGUCAAGGGCAGUAAAUCUGAAAAUAAUGAUGAAACUGAAAAAGAGACUGUAGAAGAUGAUGAAGAAAUGAUUGAAGAGGAGGAUCCGGAAGAAGAUCCGGAAGAAGAUCCAGAAGAAGAUCCAGAGGAAGAUGAUGAGGAAGAUGAUGAAGAUAUGCAAGAAGCAAGCCCUCAAAAAGACUUGCCCAAGGAGGAAGUUGAGCCGGAAAAGAUUGAGACUGAGAAGAAUCAGAAACAGGGUGAUGACAAAGAUGCAAGAAAGCAAACUGCAGAAGAUGAUGCCAACUCUGAUGUGAAGAAAGUUAGUGGUGAUGCAGAGGCCAGCAAACCAAAGGAAGUGAGAGCUGAUGUUUCGAAGAAAACUUCAGCCGAUAAAGCGCCAGUGGACAAGGAACUACUACAGGCUUUUAGGUUCUUUGAUCGAAAUCGAGUUGGCUAUCUCAGGGUGGAAGAUUUGAGACUACUUAUUCACAACCUAGGGAAAUUUUUCUCCCACCGGGAUGUGAAGGAACUUGUGCAAAGUGCUUUGUUGGAAAGCAAUACAGGACGGGAUGACCGCAUAAUGUACGAGAAGUUGGUAAGAAUGUCUGUUGACAUGGAAAAGUAAUUGCUGUUUGGAAUUGGCUGGCUUUGAUAUUGUAUGAUGAUACUUCAAAACCUUGUAUCAUUUCAAACGAAGGGACAAUUACUUGAAAUGGUAUUGUUUUUGUUAUUUCCAGGAUAGAAACAGGUAUUUGUUUCAAAUUUCGUUGUACCAUGAUUUUUUUUUUGAUAAAAGAAUCUGUUGCCCCAGA